AUGACGGUUAUCAGACCAUGGAUCGCGCAAAAAAUUGUUGACUUAUUAGGAGGUGAAGACGAGGUUGUUGUUAAUUAUGUGUUUGGACUAUUAGAAGAAACGGAUCUUGAUCCUAGAAUGAUGCAAAUCAACCUCACGGGUUUCUUGGAAAGAAAUGCACCUAUUUUUGUCACAGAAUUAUGGAAAUUGCUUUUAUCAGCUCAAGAUUGUGAGA